GCGCCACCGGCGCCAUGGCGCUUGGCGACCUCUGGCGAGCUCCAAAAUGCCUUACCAACUUGUGGCCAAGCGAGGUACGUAUGGCGAACGACUUAGCUCGCUUUACCUACAUAGAACGUGUUGACCAAGGCGUCGCCUCAUGGUUAGGAAACAACCUAAACUGUUUUGACAUAGUUUUGGUAUCUAAACCGAAUAUGGUUAUGUAAAAGAGGCAAUAUUGUAAUACUCAAAAUAUACUCUAAAUAUUCUCUAAAUAUUCUCUAAAUACUCAAAAACCCUAAGUCAUUGUACUAUAUAAUAGGUACACACAGCCUCUAUAGUUCUUCAUGCUUUCUUCUCAACUCUAUACACAGCAUAAGCUUUCUUUUCUUUUACUGGUUUGUUUCGCUUGGUUUUCAUCAUACUUCUUUAAUUAAGCAAAGAUCUCUUUAGCAUAGGUUCAUAGUUAUAGUGUUUACGUCUUUUGUUUUUUCCAUGUACCAUCCAUUCAUCCUUUUUGGUAGUUUACGUGCUAAGUUUAUCACAUCAUGUUUAUCAACUAUUUUUUAAGAUCACGCAUCACCGUAUCAGUUGAUCAUGCAUCACCGUAUCAGUGUCAUAGUGUUAAUUGAUUAUCAUCAUUUUAUCAAGUACUUGUUUAGCUUUUCCUCUCUGUUUUUUUAAGUCUACGUGAUUACUAACGUACAUUCUCUGUUUUCUCAUUGAAGUUUCAUCAUGUCUGAGAUUGGAAGAUCACCCCAAAGAGGUGCUACACAAGGUGGAUCAUCUCAGCAAGGAGCAUCUCAGAUGGAUCCAGGAAGGAAGUAUGGAACGUGUGUCUCAAAUAACACCAACAAAUGGAAGUGUAUCUUCUGCAUGAAGGUAACUAAUGGAGGCAUCUCACGUCUGAAACACCACUUGGUUGGAGGUAACACAAGUGUCACGGUGUGUCCUAAUUGUCCAGAGCAUGUGAGAGCUGAGUUGCAAAACGAUGCAAUCAAAAAAGCUGAGGAAAGAGCUGCUCAGAGCUUGCGCUAUGAACCUGUCCUCAAUGAUGGUGAGGCCGAUGUGGAAGUUGAGCCUAAACAGAAAGCUAACCCUAACAAGAGGAAGAAGAGAGGUCUAUUGGACAGGUUUGUAAUUUAUAUUCUCGUUUUGCUAGACUAUUGGAACAAGAGUUUAACUACAUGUUCUCUCUUCUUGGACAGGUUUGUCACGUCAACUCCUCCUGAUAUUUUGAAAGGAAGGAAUGAAAUGAAGCGUGUAUUGGGAGCUUGUGACAAAGAUCUGAGGGACAAGACUUGUGCUGGAAUCGCGAGAUGGUUUUAUGAUGCAUGCAUUGCAUUUAACGUUGUCACCUAUGACUCUUUCAAAGAGAUGACACAUUUGAUUGCGCAGUAUGGAAUGGGCUUAAAACCACCUAGUAUGCAUGAGCUAAGAGUUCCUCUUCUUCAGAGGGAAGUUGCCGAGACUCACACUAUGCUUCUUCAACACAAGAAUGAGUGGGCUUCUAAGGGAUGUUCUCUAAUGUCAGAUGGAUGGCGUGACUCAGUGGUCCAAAAGGACAUAGUUAACUUUUUAGUUAACUCUCCUAAGGGCUCUGUUUUCAUGAAGUCUAAAGAAGUCUCUGAAGUUGUGAAGGAUGCAACACUGCUGUUCAAACUGCUUGAUGAGAUGGUUGAAGAGGUUGGUGAGAAGAAUGUUGUUCAAAUGAUCACAGACAAUGCUUCUAACUACGUAAAAGCUGGGAAAUUGCUUGAGGCUAAAAGGCCAAACCUCUACUGGACUCCUUGUGCAGCACACUGUCUUGAUCUUAUGCUAGAAGACAUUGGGAAGCUGGAACCUGUGAAGAAUGCUUUGCAGAAGUGUAUCUUCAUGAGUGGUUACAUUUACUGUCGUGUGCCUCUUGUCAACAUGAUGAGAAGAUUCACCAAUCAACACAAUCUCCAUCGACCAGCUGUAACACGGUUUGCUACUUCAUUCAUUACCAUGUCUCAGUUUCACAUUCAACAGGCCAACUUGAAGAAGAUGGUCACGUCUGAUGAUUGGAACAAGAGCAAAUGGCCAAAGGAAGCAGAGGCGAAGAAGAUGAAGCAGUACAUUCUACAAGAAAGCUUCUGGAGGAAUGUUGCUUAUGCUCUCAAGCUGAAUGGUCCACUAGUUAAGUGAUGUUAGGAGUUUUCAAGGCUCCUAAGACAAAUGUUGUAGUAUAAAUGAUUGUCGAACCAGUUCUGAGGGAUAUCAAAGCACCAAGAA